CGGAAUUCUACAUAAACCCAGCUAAGCUUGAGCUAUACUCGACAUUCACUUCAUUUCUUUCAUUCUCUCUCUUGAGCUUGAGUUCUUUCUCUCUCUCUCUCUCUCUCUCUCUGAAAUAACUUGAAAGUGAAGAUUCAAGAUUCAAUUUAAGACAAAAGGCAAUGGCUGAAAUAUUGACUGAGGAACAGAUUCUUGAGUUUAAAGAAGCCUUUUGUUUGUUUGACAAGGAUGGAGAUGGUUGCAUUACUAUAGAGGAAUUGGCUACUGUGAUUAGGUCGUUGGAUCAAAACCCAACAGAAGAAGAACUUCAGGAUAUGAUUACUGAAGUUGAUGCUGAUGGAAAUGGGACUAUUGAAUUCGCUGAGUUCUUGAACCUGAUGGCCAAGAAAAUGAAGGAAACUGAUGCAGAGGAAGAACUUAAAGAAGCAUUCAAAGUGUUUGACAAGGAUCAGAAUGGUUACAUAUCAGCUAACGAGUUGAGGCAUGUGAUGAUCAAUUUAGGGGAGAAGCUGACAGAUGAAGAGGUGGAGCAGAUGAUUAAGGAGGCUGAUUUGGAUGGUGAUGGUCAAGUUAAUUACGAUGAAUUUGUUAAAAUGAUGACUGCUGCGGCCUAAAUUAAUUUAUCUACCAAUUAAAACAUUGAUUUUUAUUUUUAUUUUUUAAGAAAAAAGAAAAGAUUUUAUUCUGUAUUCAAGAAAUAAGUGUUGUAUUGUCAUCUUCUAUUAAUUAUUUGUUGUUGUAUUGAUUGUCUUAGCUUUAGCCAAAUUGUAUUGCCAAUGACCAAAAUGUAGAAUGACUUGAAACAAGUCCCCAUUUGAUUCGUUCAAACAUGACUUCUAUUCUUUAA